CACGCGGGCCUAGGCAUGCCCAAAUUGGGCCGCGCGAGCCCAGUCGCAGGGUGUUGUCAAGCCAACUUGAGGAAGGGCAGGCAGGGAGGGGAUAAGCGAGGUUCUUGUGUUGAAGCAGAGGAGAGGAUGCUCAUGUUGCGGGCCGCCGGCGCCAGGGCGGCGUCCGCGGUCGUCGCCGGCGCCAGGAGGAGACCCGGCCUCCUGCCGGUCGCCGUCGCCGGUCUCGCGUCCUCCUCAUCAGGACCACCAUCGGGUGGGAAGCGGAGGAAGGGCCAGCGGCGGGGCGAUGCCAAGCCCCAGCCCCAGCCCUCUGAGAUCCCCAGCAACAAGAAGCCCAGCGCGAGGCCGGCCAAGGACAGGAAGGCCCGCCCGGCUACGGAAGAGGCGCAAUGGCCAUCGGGCCAGGAGAUUGAGCUGAGGAAGCAGCCGCCGGAGAAGCCGAAGCGGGUGGUGCGGUGGCGCUGCGCGACGGGGUGCGGCGCCUGCUGCAAGCUGGACAAGGGCCCCGAGUUCCCCACCCCCGACGAGGUCUUCGCCGACUUCCCCGACCACCUCCAGCUGUACAAGAGCAUGAUUGGCCCCGAUGGAUGGUGUAACAACUACGACAAGUCCAACCGAACCUGCAACAUCUACGAAGACCGGCCAUUCUUCUGCCGGGUCGAACCGAAGGUCUUCGAAGAGUUCUUUGGCGUGCCACGCAGCAAAUUCAACAGGGAAGCCUGCAGUGCUUGCGUGGAUAACAUCAAGAUGGUGUAUGGCCAGGACUCUCCUGAGCUCGGGAACUUCAAGCGGGUCAUAAAGGAGGAAAGUAGUAAGCAUGAAGCAAGCAUGAACCAGGUUAAAUUGUUGGAUACCACAAAUACUACUGGUACCUGAUUGAUUAUGGAGUGUAGAGUACAUCACUCACCGAAGCAGUUGAAAACCUGAACACAAAUACUGGUACCUAAUUCUCACCUAUGAAUGAGUCUACAUUUAAGUUUAGAA